AACAGUUCUCAUUCCACUAGCCAUGGAAGUCCAACAAGUUCUCCACAUGAAUGGGGGGGAUGGAGAAACUAGCUAUGCUACUAACUCCAACCUUCAAAAACUGGUGAUAACCAAGGCAAAGCCAGUGGUGAUUCGGAGUAUUUCAGAUCUGUUUACCACCAAUUUACCUCCAUGUUUAAGGGUAGCAGAUUUGGGCUGUUCUUCAGGGCCUAAUACCCUACUAGUGAUUUCAGAGAUCAUUGAAGCUAUUGAUGAAAUCUGUCAUCAGUUGAAUUGUAAUACACCCGAAUUCCAAGUGUUCCUCAAUGAUCUUCCAAGUAAUGACUUCAACACCAUUUUCAAGAGCUUGCCGGUUUUCUAUGAGCAACUAAAGAAGGAGAAGGGUGAAAAGUUUGGGCCAUGUUCCAUCACAGGAUUACCUGGUUCCUUCUACGAGAGGCUCUUUCCAAGCAAUACUAUAGACUUCAUUCAUUCGUCUUAUAGCCUUCAUUGGCUCUCUCAG